AGCGGACUCGCGCAUGCUCGCUGCGCGCAGCCUCGUCCCCGCGUGCUCUCGCGCGCUUCCUCUCGCCCGCUCUGCUCUUUUUGGUUACUCAGGGGCACGCGCAGCGUUUCGCGCGACGAUUGGCUGCCUCGGUGGCGGCGCCACAGGACCGGGCAACUACGCGAGCGGAGUGGGCGCUUAAGGAUCCCGCGGCUCCUCAGUGUCGGCGGCGGAGGCAAGCGGUGGCAGUGACAGCAGUGACCACUGAGCAGUAAUUGCCCAAGAUGUCGAAUAUCAAAAUCUUCAGCGGGAGCUCGCACCAGGACUUAUCCCAGAAAAUAGCUGACCGCCUGGGCUUGGAGCUAGGCAAGGUGGUGACUAAGAAAUUCAGCAACCAGGAGACCUGUGUGGAAAUUGGAGAAAGCGUUCGUGGAGAGGAUGUCUACAUUGUUCAGAGUGGAUGUGGUGAGAUAAAUGACAAUCUAAUGGAGCUUUUGAUCAUGAUUAAUGCUUGCAAGAUUGCUUCAGCCAGCAGGGUUACUGCAGUCAUCCCAUGCUUCCCUUAUGCCCGCCAAGAUAAGAAGGAUAAGAGCCGGGCUCCAAUCUCAGCUAAGCUUGUUGCAAAUAUGCUAUCUGUAGCAGGUGCGGAUCAUAUUAUCACCAUGGAUCUACAUGCAUCUCAAAUUCAGGGUUUCUUUGAUAUCCCGGUGGACAAUUUAUAUGCAGAGCCAGCUGUCCUAAAGUGGAUACGGGAGAAUAUAUCUGAGUGGAGAAACUGUACUAUUGUCUCACCUGAUGCUGGUGGAGCCAAGAGAGUGACCUCCAUUGCAGACCGGUUGAAUGUGGAUUUUGCUUUGAUUCACAAGGAACGGAAGAAGGCCAAUGAAGUAGACCGCAUGGUACUAGUAGGAGAUGUGAAGGAUCGUGUGGCUAUACUUGUGGAUGACAUGGCUGACACUUGCGGUACAAUUUGUCAUGCUGCUGACAAACUUCUCUCAGCUGGAGCUACCAGAGUUUAUGCUAUCUUGACGCAUGGAAUCUUCUCUGGCCCUGCCAUUUCUCGCAUCAACAAUGCAUGCUUUGAAGCAGUAGUAGUUACCAAUACCAUACCUCAGGAAGACAAGAUGAAACACUGCUCCAAAAUACAGGUGAUUGACAUCUCUAUGAUCCUUGCAGAAGCCAUCAGGAGAACCCACAAUGGAGAAUCUGUCUCCUACCUGUUCAGCCAUGUUCCUUUGUAAUAUAACUUCUGAAGCAUUUUGAAAAUAAAACCAAACCCACCCCUUGUUUUUCUUGGUAUUGGUGAGUUUAGCAGAAAACCCGACUUGCUUCAGUAUAGCUUUUUACAUCUCACAUUAACUAUAUUUGAAUUUAUUUUAAAUUGGAGAAAGACAGAUUGUUGUUAACUGCUAGGAUGCCCUACCUGCAUUGUUGGAUCCUGGCUUUCUUGUUUAUUUUGUGAGCCUUGCAGCUUUAAGUUGAGCUCAGCUCUUGAAAGGUGUUAAGAGAGUAAUCCACAUGGUCCUUAAGACAUGAUUGACAAAGCUCAUGCUCCAUUGCAUGUGAAUGCUUUUUUUCAUUCAGAAUAACUAGCAACAAAGCUAGCCCAUGAGUAGUACGUUUUCAGAGGUCUACAGUAAGAACCCUGAGCGUCCUUACACAUAGUUCAGUGGUUGAGCAUCCUGUAAGGCAGGGGUAGGUAACUCAAUGCAGUAAUUAAUUUUUGGAAGGAAAAAAAAAAGCCUAAUCCAUUACUGUCUUUUUGACUGUAUAGCUUAGAUUCUCUACACCUAUUCCUUUCCAGUUGGCUUUAUUUACCUUUAGCUAUCUUGAUACUUUCUUGGCCAAAUAUCCUGGACUCAGUGAUCAUUGUGACACAAUGUGGUGUAAGACAAAGUGGCUUCUUGCUAUGUAACUGCUAGCAUUCACACUAGGUAACCUCCCUUAGCCUCCUACCACUGAGGUGGUGGGUUUAGAUGGUGUCGUAGUGCCUUUGAUUAACUUAAGUAUUUAGCUUUCAUCUUCCUUAGAUCUCUUUGUCCUCCCAAUUGAACACAUUUCUGCUAAACAAUUUGGUCUUAUCUUGUGUAGAAAAAAGUUAAUAAAAUGUCUGUCAUGUGUGAAAAAAAAGAUUCUGUAAAGUUUGUUUGCUUGUUUUGUCAUUGUUAGAAUAAUACCCAAGAAAAACAAAGAUUUAUUUUGACUUCAGUGUUUUGGGCUCCAUUCUUGGAUGGAGAUAAAACCUUGUGGGAGAGCAUGAUAGUUCCAGUACAGCUGCUAAGUUGGGGACAGCAGGAACCCUUCAAAGACUGGCCUGAGUGGCCCAUUCCUCAGUUCAAGCCCUUCCUCUAAGAGUCCUCAAGAUUCAUUCACCUUUAGAAUGGAUUAUGUGGCAACUGAGCCUUCAGGGGGGACAUUUUAAAUUCAAAUCCUGGCAGUAUUCUAAAGCCAAGUGGGCAGUAAAGUUCCUAGCAAUUUUUAUUCAGAAGCCAUUGCAGUCGGGGGAAAAAGCAAAUGUAGAGUCAGGCUUUUUUUCCAAAUAAAUCAAGGACAAGGAAAGUUAGAGGUCAGGAGUAGGAUCAGAGUCACUGGAUGAAAACAUCAUCCAUGUAGAGGGAAUUUGUGCUUAAAUCUACUGACAAUCAUGGAGGCAAACCAGGGUUUAUGAGAUUUUUCAAGAUGUGAGAACCUCAAAACUCUGUAAGCAAGAUUCUUGUUAAAGCUGAGCUAGGCAGAGACAAACACAGGGCUGAAGGUUGAAACCUAAUAGAGUAGAUGAUUCUAAGAUUAAGUUUGGUUUUUAUCAUUCAUAGUAUUAGCUUUUCUAUAACUUGACUCAUCUGGGUCUUACUCUUCAGUUUACUAAGAGAUGUGGUGAAGCGUCCAGCUACAGUUAUGUCCUUGUUUGUCCUCUAAGUUGUACAUUUACAAAUACUCCUGAUUGUGUGUUUAUGCACACACUCCUGUGUUAGGUGUCCUUUAUUGCUCUCUAUUUUUUUGUAGCAGGGUUCUUCCCUGACUCUAGGCCUCCUGUUGGUUCAGGUAGGUGCAGGUCAACAAAACUAAACUGUCAUCUUGUCUCCAUCCAAGAGACAAGAAGGCUUGGAUUACAGGCAUGCACCUGGAUGCUCCACUUUACGUGGAUGCUGGAAUCCAAACUCUGGAUUCACGAUUGUUUGGCAGGUGCCCUUUCCAGCUUCUUUUCACCAGAAGUGUUUGAUGUUUAUAAGUUACAGCUUUUCAUAUUAGGAUCGUUUAUGUCUGGGGAGUGGGUUUGAUGCUUUUAUAUACUUUUUUAGAUUUAGAUUUUAUUUUUCAUUUUACUUUAUCUUGUUUACAUCCUUUUUUCCUACUCUGUCAAUUAUUUUGAGUCAUAUCAUUUAAAAAUGGCAAUUUGUGGACUGUUUUCAUGUUUGUGUGUUUUGUUAUUGCUUAGGUAUUAGUUGUUGGUGAAGCACAAGCAUCUAUAUACUCAUCAUAUAACUGAAAACAAUUUUGCCUUGUUUUACUUUCUUAGGUAGAAUUUGGAUUGUAAUUUCUUACAGAUAUCAAAUCAGAGUGUUAGAAUGGUGUUUUUCAUUGUCUCACUUGUGCAUACAAUCUAAAAUAAAUUUAAAUUUCUUUUUAAUUAUUUCUUUCUGAUAAAUUUUAAACUAGCAUAUCUUGAAACUGGUAUUUCGAUACUUUUAUUACCUUCAGAAUUUAAUGUAAAUUUAAGCCACUUUUAUAAUUUGUGUCAAAAAGCUUAUUGCCAGCCUGGGAGCUGUAGAUACUGUAUGUUCUACCUAACAACAUUCCAAAGCAGAACAUUUUAUUCCCUGGCAUGAGCUGGCACAGUGGGCAGGAUUAUUGUAAUUCAUUUGGGUAAAUGAACUGAAGCUUAAUGUACAAAAAUAUUCUGUCAGUUUUUACAAUUCUGUAAUGAUAAAAACUGGGUUUAGAAUUUCAGCAUCUUAAUUUCUAUUGUCCUUAUCCCAUUCUGAUUAUUUGAUCUUCUUUUCAAUUAAAGUCCAUAUAUUAUCUUUAA